GAGGACAGCUGGAGCUUCGUCUGAGAGUUGGUUACGCUGCUAGUUCUUGCUUCUUGAUAAUCCAAUUGAGACAAGCAAAGAUGAAGAGCUUCCUGUCUUUGUUGCUGCUGGGCCUCAUCAGCCUGGUCCAGGCAUUGAGCUCCACAGGCAACCGUCUGCUGGUCGUACUCGAGGAAGCCUCGGACAAGUCAAAGUACUCGUCCUUCUUUGGCGACCUGGAAUCUCGUGGAUACAGCGUCACAUAUGAAUCGCCAAAGUCAAGCGGCCUCUCGCUGUUCAAGCACGGCAAUCUCGCCUACGACCAUCUCGUGCUCCUGCCUCCCAAGUCAAAGGGCUUCGGUCCCCAGUUGACUCCCAACAUCCUGGUCGACUAUGUUAACAACAAUGGCAACGUUCUGCUCGCCCUCUCUGCCGAUCAGCCCAUCCCUGCCGCCGUCGCUUCCCUCCUUCUCGAGUUCGAUGUCACCCUUCCUCCAGAGCGUAGUGCGCUCGUUGUUGACCACAUCAACUACGACACCAAGUCGGCUGCCGACAAGCACGAUGUUUUGCUUAUCCCCGCUCCCAGGUCCUUGAAGCCUGGUGUCAAGAACUACUUCGGCGUUGACGGAACCCUCGCUGUCCCUCGCGCCGUCGGUCAGCUUCUCGGAAAUGCUAGCCCUCUGCUCGCCCCUAUCCUUCGUGCCCCCGAGACUGCCUACUCAUACAACCCCAAGGAGGAGGAGGCUCUCGAGGAUGUCUUUGCUUCUGGCGCCCAGCUGUCGCUCAUCUCGACUUUCCAGGCCAGAAACUCGGCUCGCUUCACCGUUCUCGGUUCCGCCGAGAUGCUGCAGGACACUUGGUUCAACGCACAGGUCAAGGCUCCCAAAGCUACUCAGGCCACCAGUACUGCCAACAAGGCCUUCGCUGAGAAGCUAUCCGCCUGGACUUUCCAGGAAAUUGGUGUUCUCAAGGUUGGCAAGGUCCAGCACUACCUCAACGAGGGCAAGGUCAAGGACUCUACCAACUUGAGCGUCUCUGAGUUCCCUGAAAUCAACCCCGUCAUGUACAGAAUUAAGAACGAUGUCCACUACUCGAUCGAACUGUCCGAGUAUGACGGUGACCGCCUGGUUCCUUUCGUUCCUUCGUCCGAAGACUCCCUCCAGCUUGAAUUCAGCAUGCUGUCUCCUUUCCACCGCCUGGCUCUGAAGCCCACCUCGCGCACUGCCAACAGCACCAUUUUCAGCACUACCUUCACCGUGCCCGACCAGCAUGGUAUCUUCAACUUCAUCGUCAACUACAAGCGUCCUUUCUUGAGCAACGUCUACGAGAAGCGUACUGUCACUGUCCGCCACUUUGCUCACGAUGAGUGGCCACGCAGUUUCGUCAUCAGUGGCGCUUACCCCUGGAUCGCUGGUAUCGGCGUUACGGCCACUGGCUGGCUGAUCUUCGUCGCCGUUUGGCUCUACAGCAAGCCUGAUGAGUCCAAGGCCAAGAAGACGCAAUAGUUGCGCAUCUCUGUACGCAUAGAAUAUCUAUCUAGAUGAGAAAAGUGAUUUCCUUUAUUUCAAAUCCGCUUCCAUUUCGGACUUGCAUC